AAACAAAUACUUGACAAUAUAUUUUAUAGUUUUUGCAAUAUCAUUUAUUGUAUAACUCUAUAAUUCUAAUAUGAUAAAUAUACAUACUGUUUACGGAACUACAUAUAAGUUUGGUUAUGUCGAUAGUUAAGAGCAGAAUGAUUUUCUUGAUUUUUUCCGAAUUCUUGAUUUUAAUAUAUGUGAAUCAGCUGAAACAUUAUUAUCUAUAAAAAAUGGAGGAUAUCCAUCAAUCGAUGAAAUUAAAACUGAAGUGAUCGAUGAUGAUACAAUGGAUAUGGAUGAUCAACAAAUUUCAAAUAAUUCAACAGAUUCACACAUGGACACAGAAGAAUCUGAUCCAAUUCCUGAACUUGGUCCUGCAGCUUUAGGUUUACAAAGAGUAGGUACUCAACCUCCUCCAAAACCAAAUCCUCCUAGUCAACCAGUUCAAGUUUUAAAUCGAAGAGGAAUGCCAGCAAGAAUUAGAAAAAAAAAUAAAUUAUUUUAUGAUGAUAUAUUGGUUAAUCAUCCUCAUCACAGGAUCAAAAAGGAUCCGUCACAUCCAGAUGCAAAACAUUCUCCUAAAAAAGUAUCUAGACCUUCUCCUGCAAAAAAACAAACUAAAAUAACUAAUGAACCAAGAAAAAAUAAUAAUAUAUUAAGUCAACCCAUAUCAUCUACAAUGACCCCAAUUAAACAAGAGAAAGAACCUGAUAAACCAAUGCAACCUUCAUCUCCGGAUCGUAAAAUUGGACAAAAGAUUGGUAUGAGAUUAAGAAAUUUAUUGAAAUUACCAAAAGCUCACAAAUGGGUUUGUUACGAGUGGUUUUAUAGUAACAUUGAUAAGACUCUUUUUGAAGGUGACAAUGAUUUUAUGAUUUGUUUAAAAGAAUCGUUUCCACAAUUAAAAACUCGGAAAUUAACACGUGUUGAAUGGUGCAAGAUAAGAAGAAUGAUGGGUAAACCACGAAGAUGUUCACAAUCGUUUUUUGAGGAAGAAAGACGAGAAUUAGAAAGAAAAAGACAAAAAAUUCGAAUGUUACAACAAAGAAAAGCUGCAGAUAUUAAUAGUUUUAAAGAUUUACCACCAGAAAUACCAUUACAGUUGGUAAUUGGAACCAAAGUUACAGCAAGACUGAGAAAACCACAAGAUGGUUUAUUCACUGGAAGUAUUGAUGCUGUGGAUACUAGUAAUAAUACUUACCGAAUUACGUUUGAACGUGCUGGCCUUGGAACGCAUAGUGUUCCAGAUUAUGAAGUAUUGUCAAAUGAACCACCAGAAACAAUAAGUGUUGCUUCAUUUGCACAAAAAUUUAGACCGCGACAUGUACAAUAUGUACCAUCUCCACCAUAUGCUAUGAAAUUAAUGUCACCACGUUUAAACAGUGAUCCUUUAAUAUCAAAUGCUUCUGUAUCAUUGCCAAAGAAAUCUCAUAUUGGUGGAACAAUGAAUGGUUAUCCUUUAAAAUUAUUAGAAUUUAUGGUUAAAGUUAAUAAAAUAUUAGCUGCUAAAAAAGUUAAAAUAAAGAAGUUAAAAGAAAUGAAUAGUGAAGCAGAAAAAAGACGAUCUUUUGGAGAACCGCUUCCACCAGAUUUUGAGAGAAGAUAUGCAGGUAUUGUGGUUGAAUUGGAAAAAAUGAAUACUGCUUUGCAAGAUUUUCUUAAUGAUAUUCAAGAACUUUGUCAAGAAAUGGCUCCUGAACCUAGUGUAGCAGCUAUGUUAGCUCCUUCUCAUCUUCGUGAAAAAUGUAGACAGGAAGCUGCAGAUAUGGUUGCAAGAAAUAAUAUUAUUAAUGAUAAAGAACCUGGAAAAAUGUCUCAAUUAGUAACAGACUUAACAGCUCUUAUGCUUCAAGUAAAAAGUUUAUCUGAUUCGGAUCGUAACGCAUAUGAGUUGAAAGUAUUACAAGGCACGAUGGAACAAAUACGCGCAAAAUUAAGUCCACAAAAUCAACAGGUUUUUCAAAAUUGUGUUGAAAUACAUAUGCAACAUAUACAAUUAGGUCUGGGACAAAGAGGUGCACUGACGCCAUUUAUGGCUCAAAGAGCUUAGCAAAUAUGAAAGUAAUUUUCAUUGAUACUAUAGAAAAAAGUGUAAAAUAUUAAUAUAAAUAUGAACUAUCAUACUACAAUAUUUUAUAAGAAAAAUCCAACUUUAUUUUAUUAUCUUUUUGUAUAGGACAUAUCAUCAUUAAGGAGUACCUAUCAUACUAGAAUACAUAUGUGUGUUCUGUAUAUACAAUAAUUCUAUAAUUGUUUUUUAAGUAAUAUUCUAUAAAUGAGUUUUAGAAUAAUGUGCUGUGCCGUUAAUUGCAUUAAACAUUUAAAAAUGUUCAUGUUUAAAAAAUUUACAUGUCAACUUUACGAUUUCUACAAUAAGAAAUUGAAGAUAAAUAAUAAUGGCUAUUGUAAAUAAAGCGUACAUUUUGCAGUGGCAGCUUUCAUUAAAUUUAUACAGAAAUUUGACAUAUUAUCGCAGUAGGAAUGGAUAACUUGUAAAAAAAGAAUUUAAUAUUUACUGCUUAUGAAUAAUUUCAAAAAUUAAUAUAUAAUUAAUACAUUAGUAUUUUGAAAAAUAAUUUUCAAUAACUGUAAAUUAGGUAUAUGCACAAAAAUUGCAUAACCAAUUGUAAAUACAUUCUAAAUGAUAAAAAAUAUGAAAAUUUUACAUUUAUUUUAUUCACAUUAGCUAAAAAUUUUUUAUUUAUAUCAGAUGUUUUAGUUUGAGAAAUUGUAUAAAGUUCAAUACAAUAUGCUAAUUUAUUUAAAAUAUGAAAUCUUUUUAAUGAUCCUAUUUCUAAAAUAGUUAUUGAUAUAUUGAACAAAGAAUAACACUUAUGAAAAUCUAUCUGAUUUCACUUAUUAUGUUGUCAUUAUAAAUAUAUUUAUAUGAAUGUUAUAUCUAUUUUUCAUGCAUAUUAUAUUUUUAAUAAAAUAGAUGUAAAUAAUCUUAAUUCAUACAUACAUGUGCAAUAUUAAUAUUAAUAAUUCUAAUAUAAACAUUCCUUAAAAUAAUAAAUAUAUUUUUAUAUUCAUAAAAUAAGUAAUAUUAAAAAUAGACUAUGAUUUGAAAAUUCAUAAUUUUUUUUUGUAUUUUUUUUCAUAAUUUUCAAUAAAAAAUAUUUAUUUCGAUACUAAAUGAUAAAGUAAGAAUUCUGGUCAUUUAUAAUAAGAUAUCAUAGGAACUAUUAAAAUUUUUUAUAAUCAAGAAUAAAUUAAGGAAUGUAAGCUAUAAUGAUCUUAAUAUUUGUUCUAUUUACAUAAAUUUCUCAUAUAUAAGUAAUUUUUAUUGGAAAACAUGUAUUAGACAAGUAUAUAACAUUUUAAACACAUAAUUCUGUAAACAAAAAAUUAUACUUGCAGUACAUGUAUCAAAUAACGUCUAUGAAUUUUAAAUAUUCUAAAUCUGAUUUACAUUUAUUUGUUUUAAUUACAAUGUCCUUAUAUUUAUAUAUAUUACCCAUACCGUACGUGAUACCAUAACGUACCCUUCGUGCAAUAAAAAAUAAAAAAUAUAUAUAAUA